UCGUCCAUAGUGGUGAAGGGUUUUGUUUGCGAGAGAUAAGAAGAUAGGAUCCAUUUGAGGAGGAGAGGAUUUACAGUUUGGUAAAUUUGUGUAAAAGAAAGAGAAAGAGAAAAUCGUCCCCAUCGAAAAGCAAGUUGAACCUUGCAUCACUGAAUCCCAGCUCUGUCACUUAGUCGAAACACACUCGAAAAAGUCGAAACCAAACCCUUGUGUUACUUUCUUCAUCACUUCACUUCCCUUCACUUUUAGGUCAGGUCUACCCUUCUAUAAUCCUUGCACUUGCAAUUGAAUUGAAGAAAGAAAAAAUAUUUUUACAUUUGUGUAAAUUUUAUCAACAUCAUAGCACAACAAAAAACCUCAAUUUAGCAACAACAAAAAAUGGCGGUAGAAGAGCACAACAAUGAAUGGCCACCAACAGGGGCUCCACUUGACCUUCACAGAGACGAACAUUGGACCAAUUUUGAUAGCUCAGUCAAUGCUGUUUCCUUUGGGUUUGUAGCAACUGCUAUUCUCAUUUCAAUGUUCUUAGUCAUGGCUAUUUUUGAAAGAUGUCUUAGACCCAUUUCACCGAUUAUGUCUCCGGCCGGUCGCCGGAGCCAUCCUAACGUUGAGUCUCAGAUGGGUUCCAACGGCAAGCUUUCUCACCCAUCACCAAAAAUUUGGGAGCUAAACUCCAAUGGGACCCUUGUAAAUAGUUACUCAGGUCUUUGUGCAACAGUGAAUUACGUAGAAGGUGAACUUUAGUGCAUAUGUCCCACGUUUUAUAACUAGUAUUUGUUGGAGCUGUAUAAUUUUUCUUUCUUGUCUUUAUUACUCAUAAUGCAAAUUGGAGUAAUCAAGCGGUGGAACACAUGUUUAUGAUAAUGUACAGAUUUAAAUAAGUUAAUACAAACUAGUCAAACAAUAUACAACA